AGGCCGCGGCGCCAUUUUGUCCACACACACGCGCGGACCACAGCUCUGGGACCCGCUCACCCACUCUUUGGGAUGCAGCAGAAAAAUAUCCCUGGCUUUGAACUCUGAUUCGACACCUACCGCCAUAGUCCAGAAUCCUGGCCGCUACGGCGGCGCCGCCACUUGCCACUUUCAACACUACCGGUCGUCCCGAAGCUUCACCACAGGCUAAAUUGCUCGCGCCAGAGACCCGGAUGGCACAAAGGGGAUGAGGCCCGACGCGUCGCACAGCUUGCUGGGAGGAAAAGGGGUGGUGAUAACAGUUUCUGUGGCAACGCCAUUCGAGGCGGUGAUUGGUUUUUCUUCGAAGGGGAAAGACAGUGGUUCCUGAUUCAGGAAGAUAAUCUCAGAAAAAUGUGGAAUGAUAUUGAAUUGCUAACAAGUGAUGAUACAGGAAGUGGGUACCUAAGUGUUGGUUCAAGAAAAGAACAUGGAACUGCUUUGUAUCAAGUAGAUUUGCUAGUGAAGAUUUCCUCUGAAAAGGCUUCAUUAAAUCCAAAGAUCCAAGCAUGCAGCUUAAGUGAUGGGUUUAUUAUUGUAGCAGACCAAUCAGUGAUACUGCUUGACAGUAUUUGUAGAUCACUUCAAUUGCAUCUCAUAUUUGAUACUGAAGUGGAUGUAGUUGGCUUAUGUCAAGAAGGAAAGUUUCUUUUGGUUGGGGAGAGAAGUGGCAACUUUCAUCUUAUUCAUGUGACAUCAAAGCAAACAUUACUCACUAAUGCUUUUGUUCAGAGAGCUAAUGAUGAAAAUCAGUGUACUUACCGGAACCUUGUAAUUGAGAAAGAUGGUUCAAAUGAAGGUACCUAUUAUAUGCUGCUUCUUACAAACAAUGGAUUUUUUUGUAUUACAAACCUUCAGCUUGCUAAAAUUCAAGAAGCGAUUGAGAAUGUAGACUUCAAUAGAGCAAAAAAGUUACAAGGACAAAUCAAGUCCAGUUUUAUUUCUACAGAAAACUAUCAUACUCUUGGUUGUCUCAAUCUUGUAGCUGGAGAUUUAGCAAGUGAAACCCCUGUGAUAAUUGGGGGAACAGGAAAUUGUGCGUUCUCAAAAUGGGAACCAGAUUCUUUCAAGAAUGGAAUGACAGUUAAGAACCUUAUUGAUACAGAGAUUAUUAAAGGUGCAAAGAAGUUCCAGCUUAUAGACAAUCUACUUUUUGUUCUGGAUACCAAUAACGUGCUGAGUUUAUGGGAUGUUUACGCUCUAACUCCCAUAUGGAACUGGCCCUCUCUUCAUAUAGAAGAGUUUCUUCUUACAACAGAAGCAGAUUCUCCUUCGUCAGUCACAUGGCAAGGGAUUACAAACCUCAAAUUAAUAGCGCUGACAACUACAACUAAUAAGAAGAUGAAAAACCUCAUGGUUUAUUCAUUACCUACAAUGGAAAUACUAUAUUCUUUGGAAGUAUCUAGUGUUUCUUCUCUGGUCCAAACAGGAAUUAGCACGGAUACUAUAUACCUUCUGGAAGGAAUUUGCAAAAAUGAUCCAAGACUGUCUGAAGACCCAGUGUCCAUUUUAGUACUCAGAUGUCUUACAGAAGCUUUACCAGAAAACAGAUUGAGUCGGUUACUUCACAAACACAGAUUUGCUGAAGCAGAGAGCUUUGCCAUUCAGUUUGGACUAGAUGUUGAGCUUGUUUACAAGGUCAAGUCAAAUGAUAUAUUAGAGAAACUAGCUCUGAGUUCUGGGGACACCAGUGAACAGACUGAAUGGCAAAAACUUGUAGAUGAAGCUAAAGAGAAUCUACAUAAAAUCCAGGAUGAUGAAUUUGUGGUGAAUUACUGCUUGAAGGCUCAGUGGAUAACCUAUGAAACCACCCAGGAAAUGCUCAGUUACGCCAAAAUCAGGCUUUUGAAGAAAGAAGAUAAAACUGUUCCUAUCUAUUCUGAUGGUUUGAAAGAGGUACUAAGGGCUCAUGCAAAGUUGACUACUUUUUAUGGAGCAUUUGGACCAGAAAAAUUCAGUGGUAGUUCUUGGAUUGAAUAUCUGAAUAAUGAAGAUGAUCUUAAAGAUAUUUUUUUACAGCUAAGAGAAGGAAAUCUUGUUUGUGCACAGUACCUUUGGCUUAGACAUCGGGCAAACUUUGAAAGCAGAUUUGAUGUGAAAAUGCUUGAAAAUUUGCUCAACUCAAUCUCUACACCAGUGUCUUUGCAAAUGCUUUGUCCAUGGUUUAAAAAUGAUGUGAUCCCAUUUGUGAGAAGGAUCAUACCUGAAGGACAGAAAAUUCUUGCAAAGUGGUUAGAGCAAGCUGCCCGGAACCUUGAAUUAACUGAUAAGGCAAACUGGCCAGAAAAUGGACUUCAACUGGCAGAGGUAUUUUUCACAGCAGAAAAAACAGAUGAGUUGGGAUUGGCGUCCUCUUGGCAUUGGAUUUCCUUGAAGGAUUAUCAGAACACGGAAGAAGUAUGUCAGUUAAGGACUUUAGUAAAUUACUUGCGAGAGUUGAUCACAUUACAUAGGAAAUACAACUGCAAAUUGGCACUCUCUGAUUUUGAGAAGGAAAAUACAACCACUAUAGUGUUCCGAAUGUUUGAUAAAGUGUUGGCCCCAGAGCUUAUUACCUCCAUCUUGGAGAAGUUUGUAAGAGUUUACAUGAGGGAACAUGACUUGCAAGAGGAAGAACUUCUCUUGCUGUACAUAGAGGAUUUACUGAAGAGAUGUAGCUCAAAGUCCACCUCACUGUUUGAAACACCAUGGGAAGCAAAAGCCAUGGCAGUCAUAGGGUGUUUAUCUGACACAGAUCUCAUAUUUGAUGCUGUGCUUAAGAUAAUGUAUGCGGCAGUGGUUCCUUGGAGUGCAGCUGUGGAGCAGCUGGUGAAACAACACCUAGAAAUGGACCAUCCCAAAGUCAAGUUAUUACAGGAAAGUUACAAACUAAUGGAGAUGAAAAAACUUUUACGAGGCUAUGGAAUAAGAGAGGUGAAUCUCUUAAACAAGGAAAUAAUGAGGGUGGUCAGAUAUAUUCUCAAACAAGAUGUCCCAUCUUCUUUAGAAGAUGCUUUAAAAGUGGCCCAAGCAUUUAUGUUGUCUGAUGAUGAAAUCUACAGUCUAAGAAUUAUUGACCUGAUUGAUAGAGAACAGGGUGAGGACUGUCUCUUUCUGUUGAGGUCUUUGCCUCCUGCCGAAGCCGAGAAAACUGCCGAAAGAGUAAUCAUUUGGGCACAAUUGGCAUUACGAGAAGAACCGGAUAAUUCUAAAGAGGACAAGGCCUGGAGGAUGUCUGUAGUGAAGACAUCAGUGGACAUUCUUAAAAUACUAUAUGACAUUCAGAAAGACAAUCCACAGAAGAAGGAUGAAUGUGAAGAAAUAUUGAAACUAUUUAAAGUGGUUGCUAGCUUACAGGAGAACUUUGAAGUCUUUCUUUCCUUUGAAGACUAUAGCAAUAGUUCCCUGGUAACAGAUCUCCGUGAACAGUACAUUAAAGCUCAUGAAGUUGCACAGAUGAAAUACAAACCCAGGAGCACCCCAGAGCCUAUGGCUGCUGAACUGAAGAACCUGAGCACUGAAUCAAAGCUGCACAGACAGGCACUGGCCCUGCAGGUGUCCAGACAAGAGCUGGAGGCAGAGCUGACCUUGAGAGCCUUAAAAGAUGGGAACGUGGAAGCAGCACUGAAAAAAUGCAGAGACUUGUUCAAGUAUCACUGCAAUGCAGAAACUGGGAAAUUGCUGUUUCUGACAUGUCAGAAACUUUGUCAGAUGUUGGCUGAUGACAUCCCAAUGAAAGCACCUGUGGGAUUAAAUCUUCCUUCUGAGAUACAUGAUCUAGCUUGCCAAGCAGCCACCAUCUGUAGUCCAGAUUUUUUACUAGAUGCUUUAGAACUAUGUAAAUAUACUUUAACAGCAGUAGAGCUUUCCAGACAGUGCCAAAUGGAUGACUGUGGAAUUCUAAUGAAAACUUCUUUUGGAACUCAUAAAGAUCCAUAUGAAGAGUGGUCUUACAGUGACUUCUUCAAUGAAGAUGGAAUUGUCCUUGAGUCACAGAUGGUGUUACCUGUUGUUUAUGAAUUGAUUUCAUCACUUGUGCCUCUAGUUGAAAACAAGAGACAUCCCUUGGAUUCUACAAGUUUGCCAUACUGCUCCAUUAGUGAAGGAAACAGCCUUAUUUUACCAGCUAUAAAUUCCAUCUCUGCCCUGCUUCAGAACCUUCAGGAAUCUAGCCAGUGGGAACUGGCCCUAAGAUUUGUAGUGGGUUCAUUUGGUACCUGUCUUCAGCACUCUGUGUCAAACUUCAUGAAUGCCAGUUUGAGUGAAAAGUUAUUUGGAGAGACCACAUUAGUUAAAUCAAGACAAGUUAUUAUGGAAUUGAAAGAAAAAGCUAUUGUGUUUAUCAGGGCAGAUGCUACAACACUACUGCACAAGGUAUUUAAUUGUCGCAUGGUGGAUCUGGAUCUGGCUUUGGGUUACUGCACUCUUUUACCCCAAAAAGACGUGUUUGAAAAUCUUUGGAAGCUCAUCGAUAAAGCAUGGCAGAAUUACGACAAAAUUUUGGCAAUAUCUCUGGUGGGUUGUCAGCUGGCCAGUCUCCAUCAGGAAAUCGAAAUGGGACUUAAGUUCCGUGAACUAAGUACUGAUGCCCAGUGGGGUAUCCGUCUUGGUAAACUUGGUAUUUCUUUUCAACCAGUUUUCAGGCAACAUUUUCUCACCAAGAAAGAUCUCAUUAAAGCUCUUGUGGAGAAUACAGAUAUGGACACAAGCCUCCUUCUGGAAUAUUGCAGCACAUUUCAGUUGGACUGUGAUGCAGCUCUUCAGCUGUUCAUCGAAACACUACUUCACAACACUAAUGCCAACCAAAGCCAGGGAGAUACAAGCACAGAGUCUGCAAAGCAGCCUAAUUCCAAACUCCUGGCCAAAGCCAUCAAGAUGGUUCCUUUACUGACGAGCACAAAGGAUUUGGUCAUCAGUCUAAGUGGAAUACUACAUAAGUUGAAUCCCUAUGACUAUGAAAUGAUCGAAGUUGUCCUGAAAGUUAUAGAAAGAGCUGAUGAAAAGAUAACCAAUAUUAAUAUUAAUCAGGCAUUGAAUAUUCUGAAACAUUUGAAGUCAUACAGAAGAAUUUCUCCUCCAGUGGACCUAGAAUAUCAGUAUAUGUUAGAACAUGUAAUAACUUUGCCAUCAGCUGCCCAAACUAGACUGCCUUUUCACCUGAUAUUCUUUGGCACAGCACAGAACUUCUGGAAAAUCCUUUCUAUGGAACUCAGUGAAGAAUCCUUCCCAACAUUGCUCUUAAUUUCUAAAUUAAUGAAGUUCUCUCUGGACACUCUGUAUGUGUCUACAGCCAAACAUGUUUUUGAAAAAAAACUGAAGCCAAAGCUCCUGAAGUUAUCACAAGCUAAAUCCUCAACAAUGAUUAACAAGGAAAUACGUAAGAUCACUCAAACCAUCGAAUCCUACUUAUUAUCAAUAGUUAACCCGGAGUGGGCUGUGGCUAUUGCCAUCAGUCUCACCCAGGAUAUUCCAGAAGGUUCCUUCAAGAUGUCUAGUUUGAAAUUCUGCCUGUAUUUAGCUGAGAGAUGGCUAGAGAAUAUCCCACCUCAGGAUGAAACACGUGAAAAAGCUGAGGCUUUGUUGAAGAAACUUCAUAUCCAGUACCGGCGAUCAGGCACAGAGGCUGUGCUCAUAGCCCACAAGUUGAACACUGAGGAAUACUUAAGAGUGAUAGGAAAGCCAGCACAUCUCAUUGUCAGUCUGUAUGAACAUCCUAGCAUAAAUCAAAGAAUUCAGAAUUCCUCUGGCAAAGAUUAUCCUGAUAUUCAUGCAGCAGCUAAAGAAAUAGCCGAAGUCAAUGAAGUUAAUUUGGAAAAAGUCUGGGACAUGUUGUUGGAGAAAUGGCUAUGCCCUUCCACAAAACCUGGUGAAAAACCAUCAGAAUUAUUUGAACUUCAGGAAGAUGAAGCACUACAAAGAGUGCUAUAUCUCCUUCUGUCUCGUCCGAUUGAUUAUAGUUCAAGAAUGCUGUUUGUAUUUGCAACAUCAGCUACAACUACACUGGGUAUGCAUCGGUUAACUUUUGCCCACAAAACACGAGCUCUUCAGUGUCUCCUCUAUUUGGCUGACAAGGGAACUAUAGAAUCUCUCUUUAAAAAGCCCAUUGAAGAAGUGAAAUCUUACUUGAAAUGUAUAACUUUUCUGGCAUCAUUUGAGAUUUUGAAUAUCCCCAUCACAUACGAAUUAUUUUGCAACAGUCCUAAAGAAGGAAUGAUUAAAGGUCUGUGGAAAAACCACAGCCACGAGCCCAUGACAGUGAGAUUAGUGACAGAACUUUGUUUAGAAUACAAAAUCUAUGACCUGCAGCUUUGGAAUGGGCUCUUGCAAAAGCUUCUGGGCUUCAAUAUGAUUCCUUAUCUAAGGAAAGUUUUAACAGCCAUUUCUAGCAUCCACUCUUUAUGGCAGGUUCCCUACUUUAGCAAAACUUGGCAGCGUGUGAUCCAGAUACCACUACUUUCAGCCUCUUGUCCUUUAAGUCCCAGUCAGUUAUCAGCUUGUUGUGAGAGUCUCAUCACUGUCCUAGAAUGUCCAGUUUCAGAUGAUCUCGACAUGAUCGGAAUCGCCAGGCAAUAUGUCCAGUUAGAGCUUCCAGCUUUUGCGUUAGCUUGUCUAAUGCUCAUGCCCCACUCAGAAAAAAGACACCAGCAAAUUAAGAAUUUUCUGGGCUCAUGCAGUCCUCAGAUCAUUUUACAGCAAUUGGAAGAGCAUAUGAAUACUGGCCAGUUAGCAGGAUUUUCACAUCAAAUUAGAAGUCUGGUUCUGGAUAAUAUCAUAAAUAAGAAGGAGUUUGGGAUUUUGGCAAAGACAAAAUACUUUCAGUUGUUGAAAUUGCACAUGAUAAGUACCAAUAACAUCACUGAACUAGUAAACUAUUUGGCAAAUGAUUUAAGUUUAGAUGAAGCUUCAGUCUUGAUAACUGAAUAUUCAAAGCAUUGCGGGAAACCUGUACCGCCAGAUGCCGCUCCCUGUGAAAUUCUGAAGAUGUUUCUUAGUGGAUUAUAGUAAAUCAUCAAACCUUUUUUCAAGAAGGACAAGAAGUUUGGAGUCUGCUAUUAAGCUAUGUUUAUUACAGUUUUUAUAUUGUGUAAUCUGUGUGGUACAGCUGUUUGUCAAAUGUCAUCUCACCA